AUGAGGGCUACUUUGAUACAGCCAAACUCACAUGUUGCUUUGAAGUUGCCAUCAGAAUUAUACAACAUUGUCGAGGUAAGGCCAAAUACAACUGUUCACCUGGGCAAAUAUGGCCACUUUCAAUCGAAUGACAUUCUGGGCCGGCCAUUUCAUCUCACCUUCGAGCUCCUUGACAAAGAGGAGGGAAGCCCCGCGCAAAAGCAUGGGAUACGCAUAGUGCCGGCCGCAGAAAUCUACGCGGAUAUUCAAGAUGAUGACUCUACCACGCCAUCUGAGCUGGAUGCUGACUCCAUGGGCAAGCUCAGUGAUGGCGUACAGUACGAUGUUGUUGGUGAAGAUGGCCAAGUCAUCAUGCGAACGAAUCGCCACACGACGGACGAUCCAAGUAGCCAGGUCUUGACCCAUCAAGAAAUUGAAGCGCUCAAAACAUCUAGCAAAGGUUCGGGAAAAGAAGUGAUUGCAAAGAUCCUUGACUCUCAUGCCGCACUCGAUCAGAAGACUGCUUUCGCACUUGCUAAGUACACCUUACGGAAGACGAAAAAGUAUCUGAAGAGGUUUACUGUACUACCUGUAGAUGUGUCAUUGCUUGUCAAGUCCGUCUCGCAACGAGAGCCAGCCAAAAUUCUUGAACUGCGUGAAGAUACGUUGGCUUUGAUAGGUAGCUGGUCAAAUCUUCACUACGGAGUUUCAGAUGUCCGUUAUACUGCUGAGGAGCCAGAUGGCCCUGCUGGUAAUGGUAGAUGGCUUGUAGUUGAUGAAACCUCUGGUUUGGUGACUGCCUACGUCGCGGAAAAAUUGGGGCUGCUCCUUUCUUCUGAAGGCCGCAAUUCGCCACACAUGGCAGCAUCAUCGGUCGGUGGAUCAGUACCUUCAACAAGGGAGAUCAUUCGAGGCCAGAACGGGGAGGUGGACGACAAAUCUGCCGUGAACGGAAAGACUCUACCCUUUGAAGAUGAGGAGUCACAUGAUCCGACGGGAGAGAUGCGAUCACGGAGUAGCAGCCUACCUUCGCGCACGAAUACGAUCACAGUGGUCCACUCCCUUCAUCAACCGAAUCUCUCAUUACUUCGAUACUUCUCAUUCGACCCUCACAAUCCGCCUCCCGACCAUCCCCUUAAUUGUCACUUGAAGACUCUUUCCUGGCUUCAGCUCACCGAUCCUGCUGCCGACUCUGCGUGCAUUGAACCUCCUCAAGCUCCCAUAGAGGAAAUCAAAUCCUGGAAAUCAGCGAAAAGAGCAACUUACAUCCGCAAGCGUCGCCGAUGGGAGCGUGUCAAUUUCAUAGUGGACGAGACUCGAGCUGGUGGUUUCGACGGCUUGAUAGUGGCUAGCGUGAUGAGCCCAAUCUCAGUCUUGAAUCAGCUCGUGCCAUUGCUCCGCGGUUCAGCUCAAAUCGUGGUCUACUCGCCCUAUAUAGAACCUCUAGCCGAGCUUGCGGAUUGCUACAGUUCAGACAGAAAGACUGCCUUUCUGAAUAAUCAUGGUGAGGUUCCAAGCGAGGACUUCCCCGUUGAUCCAAGACUGCUCCUUGCGCCGACAAUCUACUACAGUAGAGCUAAGGCAUGGCAGUCCUUGCCAGGGAGAACACACCCUCUAAUGACUGGAAAAGGCGGUGCAGACGGAUUUAUCCUUGUUGCCACAAGAGUGAUACCGGCAGAAGGGGACGUAAGUGCAAGAGGAAAGUAUAACAAACGACGGAGGCCUGGGCCUCAAGAGAGCGAGGCAGACUCGGUCGAAGCUGGUCCAACUAUGGACGUUUCAAAUGGUAUGGUUUAG